AACAGAAAAAAAAACAUGUUGCAUAGUUCUGUCAGUGUGGUGUACCACAGACAUGUUCUUCAACAUCUCUCUCCUUGUACUUUCUGUCCUCCCUUUGUGCGGGGCAAUGGAGAGUGGUAUUAUUGGAGGAAAUGAAGCGAAACCACACUCCCGACCCUACAUGGUGUCUUUUCAGAUUAACAAAAAACACAUGUGUGGUGGUAUGCUUAUCAGAAGUGAUUAUGUGCUGACUGCAGCCCACUGUGUAGACAACAUUGAAUACUCUGGAAAGGACCAGCUGGAAGUGGUACUGGGAGCUCACAACAUCAAUCUAAAAAAGGAGCCCCAGCAGCAGAGAAUCCAAGUGCAGAAACACAUCAAGCAUCCCUGUUACAAGCAGGAAGCACGUCCAAAUGAUAUCAUGCUACUGAAGCUGAAGUCCAAAGCCAAGCUCAACAAGUUUGUGAAGGUUAUUGCUCUUCCUAAGAAGAAUGAGAACCUUCCAGCCCUUCAGAAAUGUUCAAUAGCUGGCUGGGGCAAGACAGAACAGAACAGCGCUGAAUCAAGUGUCCUACGAGAGGUCACACUCAAAGUACUGAAUAACUCUAAAUGCGAGAAUCUUUGGCAGAACUAUUUUGACACAGACAGCAUGAUCUGCACUGUCUCUGAUGGGAAUAAGGCUUUUUGUCAGGGUGAUUCAGGGAGUCCUCUUAUCUGUGGCAAUGAACCACAAGGAAUAGCUGCAUAUACCUACCCUGGCAACUGCUUAAACCGCGAGUAUCCAGAGGUAUAUAUGAAGAUUUCCUACUUUCUUCCAUGGAUUAAACAAGUUAUAGGCUAGAGAGUGAACACAAUGGAAGUAACCACAAUCCAAUAAAAUAUACAUGGCAUUUAUGAAA